CUUCCUUUCCCUUUCGUUGGAUCUGUGCAGUCAGCCGACCAGUUUCCCUCGAGGAAAUUCGCUUCCCCUCUGCUCUUCCACCUAGCGCUUCUGUUCUAUCUCGUGUAGCCCUCGUGUUCUCGCAACCGAAGGGGCGACAUCUACGAUCCUCGUCCGUUCAGUCGUUGUUUACUUCCUUUUUUCGCUACCGAGGAAUACUUGCGGAGCCCUAUGACCUCUCCGACCCGAAGUCGCAGAAACUCUCUCACCCUUGUCUCAGCUGUCGCCGUGGCCCUAUGCGUGUGUGCGGUUCCAACAGAAGCCCACGUCGCCGCGUGGGGUCCAGGCAUGUAUUGCCGCGGCGGUAAUGUAGAAGGUGUCGACGACAACAAUUCCAACGCCAUCGUGCAGCCUCUGUAUAAUCUCACGAAGUCCGAUUGGUGGUUCCAUGCCGUUAAUGAUUGCGACAAAUUCCCUCCACCCCCUGGCGAAUUCCUAGAGCUUCCAGCCAAUGGAGAAGUGACUCUGGAAAUUGCCGUCAACCGAGCUUUCACGAGCACAUGUGACAACCCAGUUAUUGGGGAGUUCCCUCACGGCAGGGAUGAAUUCGACGAGAUCUCUGAAGAAGGCUGUAUCACCAAUCCCAAUAUUCACACCAAGUCAGAGGUCGAAGCGACCGGUACCGCAUUGGCCAUCUCCUAUGCUACCACCUUUGAGCGCGUCAACGCAGACAACCUGGUGGUAUUCAGCGUUCUCUACCAUACUCCAUGGCGUCGUCUUGCGACUUAUCAAGUACCCAACCUGCCUGCCUGCCCACCCGCUGGAUGUUACUGUGCUUGGGGAUGGUUGCCGGACAGCUGCGGUCAGCCCGACAUGUACAUGGAACCCUUUCGCUGCAAAGUCAUAAACCCUCCCAAGUCGGCUUCUGUCAUGGUCGGACGUGCCAAACCCCCUGUAUGGUGCGAAGACGACCAGAAGAAAUGCCGCAUGGGUCCUAAGCAGAUGAUCUAUUGGAACCAACUGGACGGUAACAACGUUGAAGUUGAAGGCUUGGACCUGGACGGCAACCCCAAACGACCGGUUUACAACUACAAAAUGGGCUUCAUGAACGGAGCUCAGACCGACAUUUUUCUUUGA